AUCUGAAAACAUGCGCCAGUUUAUUUACAGGUACUUCCAAGAGGAUCCUGAAAGUGCCAAAAGUCUGAUCAGCGAUCUUGACAUGCACCCUGUGGCAGAGGACAUCGCCAGGAUCCCAUUAACAGCGCUGCUUAUCUGCGCCAUGUGGGGGGAGAUGCCUCACGCUCUCGUUCUGUCUACCAUGACGUCACUGUUCGUGGAAUUGACAAUUUGCCUCGUGAAGCGUCACUACGCCAAGAUGGACAAACAGGCUGAAUGCGAUCCCGAGGAAUUAGCGUCGCUUCAGGACAUCCCGCGGGAUCUGUACGAUGCUUUGUUGCAGCUCGGUGAGAUCGCUUUUGAGGGGCUGAUAGAAGAUCAACUCAUCUUUGAUCAGAAGGCUUUAGAGAAGAACUGCUCACACAAAGGCAUUUUCGAGCUAGGUUUUCUCUCACUUGAGAAGAGCUCAUCAAGGUUGAAGCCGGUACAAAAGUGCAGGUUCGUGCAUCGAUGCUACCAGGAGUUUCUUGCUGCCUUCUGGUUAAGUAGCAAGAUCAAGGAAGCACUCACGGACUCAUCGGUAUACGAAGAGGUCCUUGUUCAUGGCAUGAGAUGUGUCACUAUGAACAAGACAACCGUCUUGUUCUCGUUUACGCCGGGUUUACUUGGCGAUGCCUUCAAGGAGUUCUUGGAUUUAGUCAUCAAGGAAGGCAGCGUGAUCGCGGACUCCGAAGAGUUGAAGCAAAAGUUGUUUACUUUCUGCCUCCAGGCGCUGUUCGAGUCUCAACAAGGCCAUCUCGCGGGUAAUCUCGCAGAAUACGCACCUGACGGAGUAAUACGUAUCACGGAAGAAGUUGAACUUUCGCCAUAUGACAUCCGAGCAAUGGCAUUCUUCGUACACCACUACCCAGGUGCCAAGACUUUAAUCUUCGAGGACACUUACCUUUCCAAGAGGCAUCUUGCAACCUUGGGAAGGUGUCUCAGUGAAAUGAAGAAUCUAAAGGAGCUUCAUUUUGUGCGCUCCUUUGCUGCCUCAGAUGCAAUGGAAGUAUUCGUCAGCAAUUUGAGUAGAGACCUUUCGCUUGAGAGACUAGUGUCUCUCAGGUCAAAGCUGUUAGGCAAAGAUUUUGCACAGGUUAUCAAAUGCUGCCCUCGUCUUAAAAGCCUGGACAUGGUCAAUAAUGAGUUAGGACAAAGCAUGGAACAAGUGUUGAUUGCCCUGAAGAGUUGUCAGCAGUUGCAGAGCGUCCGCUUCAAACAGGAGAUAAUUCUUCCUCGGUUCUGCACUCACCUGUGCUCUUUCGUUCGCCACAGUCGAACGCUCACUAACGUAACCAUUGAGAACUCGUCCAUCUCAAGCCUAGACGAUCUUUUCUCUCUUUUGGACUCGCUGCUGGCUUUAUCUUCUAAGCUAAGGUACCUAUGCCUUAGUGAUCUCUUGGUUCUUAAGAAGCAUAUCGGUGCACACCAAAGUGUGUAUUCCACUUUAGACAAUGUCGUGCCAUCUUUAAAGCUGCUAGAACAUAUCGACUUGUCCAGAAACAACUUAUCUAACUGGACUCGAAUGACCAGCACGUUUGAUGGACUCAAAAGCAUUAAACACAUUAACCUGUCAGCGAAUAAGAUGUGUGAUGCUGGUGUCGGCCUCCUAGCAAAAGCUUUGGUAAACCUGUCAAACUUAGAAGUCCUUCACUUGGCGUGGAAUGAGAUAACAUGCGAAGGUGCCAUUCUGUUAGCUGACUCUCUAUCAGGCCUGACCAGACUCGAGGCGUUAUCUUUGAAGUCUAAUAAGAUAGCUAACAAGGGAGCCAUAGCGUUGUUCAGAGCGUUAUCCGGAGUACCUGCCAUUCAGAGAAUCUUUCUUGCCGGUAACUUGAUAACUUCUGCAGGGGUGUGUGGCAUGGUUGAGCAUCUUCAAGGGAUGCAUAACCUCCGAUGUUUAAACUUGAAGCACAACCUCAUAGAUGAGUCAGGCUUUCUGGCAGUCACCCACGUGAUUCGUCAUCUGCCACAACUCCAUCAGUUGCUCCUUGGGAGCCCGGUAAUACCAAAAGACCAGAUGGAUUCAGGAGGUAUCGCUCAAGCGUGUGCUUCACAUUACACACACAUCUUCACACAGAUGUCUAGCGCUGGGUUCACACUGUUAAUGGAAGACGCAAAUUCGCAUCCCACGCUUGAAAGCAUUUCAAUCAGCAUGAAUGCCGUUCCCAAGGGCGUAGAUGCAGAAGGCUUACCCAAGCUAAAGUUCUGGGGCCAUUACGACGACCAAUAAAUUAGGCCAGGAGACGGCAAAA